AUGGAGAAUAGCCAACUAUCAAUUCUUCAAAGAAAUGUACAAGACGACGAAGAAGAUAUCAAUUAUAACAAAUUUCCUGAAGAUCAAAACGAGAACGACCAAAAUCAAAACGUACAUACUGCCGAGCGAGAAACCAAUGAACAGAAGCAAACCAAUUCAGAUAAAGAGGGUGACAGUUACGUGGCAACCACACCCAAAUCAAUCACCAAUAAAAUUAAUGAGCUUACUGAGCAUGUGGGUAUUUCAGCCGAAAUCAAAUCAGUGAAAUGCCCGAUAAUCAACGACACAACUGUGGAUGACAUCGUAAAAGAAGGAGAAAAAGCUGAUCAAGGAAAAGAAGACUCAAUGGAAGUUGACCUAGCCAAGAGAGAUCUUACUGUGCAAGGUUUAGCAGUGGAAAUAAACUCAACAGAGAAAGAAUCUGUAGAUGAAGAAUGCAGAGAGAUGGAAUUGACUGAAAAUGGUUCAAACAAGGAGGAUGCAAGCAAAAGCGCCGCGACAAAGAAAGAGCUCGCAGUAGAAGGCUUAGUGGAUGAGAGUGGAUCAGCAAAGAGACAAGUUGUAGAUGAAGAGUUAACAAACAUCGAGUCACCAAAAAGCGACUCGGCUGAAAUUGAUGUAAAAAAGGAAAAUGCAAUGGAGAUUGUCCUGUCGCAGCAAGAUCUUGCAGUAGAAAGCUCAUCAGAAGAGGUAGAAGUAGCAAACAACGAAUCAACAAAAGUCAGUUCAACAGAGGAUGAUUCGAAGAAGGAUUACUCAAUGGAGAUGGACUUGGUUCUAAACGACAACAUAGUGAGCAAGCCUUUAGAAGAGGAAGAAUCAAUAGGCAAGCAAUCAUCACACGUUUUUUUUAUGAAGACUGAUACAAACAAGGAAUCUACAGAAAUAGAAAAAACAAAAGGAGAGAAAAAAUUAGAGAGCAAAGAAACAGCAGACAAUGAGUCGACAAAUGAUGGGUCAACAGAUCUUGAAUCAAACAUGGAAGACUUAAUUAAACGUGAUUCAGCGAAGAAAGAAUCAAUUGAUCCCGAUUUGGCACAGAAAGAUUUCAAGCAAGAAGGAUCAACAUCAAAACGUUCAGAGAUGAAUGAGUCUACAGGAGUCUCAACACAGAAAGAUUCACAAGACGCUACUGUAGUGAAAGAUACAAAAGUGGCGGACUUAAACGAGAAGGAUGCAACAGAGCAAGAGCCAACAGAGAAUAUGAAUCAAAUCGCUAGUUCUUCUCAAACAUUAGUACCAGACAAAGUGAUCAAUGCUACAUCUACUUCAAAGCCCAAACGAAGAUACAAAAACCCCAUUGUUUUAAUCAAGAUUAAGAAACAAAGGUUAAGCUCAAAGUCAUUAUAG